AUGGGAUGGUUGGCAGGGCUAAGUGUGCAAAGGCAUCCCUUGCUUUGCUCAGGAAUUCUGAUGGCAGGGUCCAAGGCUGGAUGGAACAUUGCACAAGUGGCACUUCCAGCCGCCCAUGCGGCACAUGGCGAUGCGCUGCAGGGCAAUGGCUUGGAGAUGGCGCAAAUGUCCAUUCCCAAGGUGGCAUUCAUGUUCUUGACCCUUGGCCCAAUGGCCAACGAACCUGUGUGGCGAGCAUUCUUUGAGGCAGCAAGCAGACUGACCCUCAAAGUCCAGCCCAGCCUGCGUCCACCAGUUAACCUCACCUCUCUAGUCGGAGGGGAGAUGAAACCCCCACUGCAAAGUGUCCCAGAUGACCUAAGCAAUAAACCCAGGCUCAGACGGCCUCAUCUGCUGCGGGCUGAUGCCAGAGACACGCAGUCCAAAGUCGAUGUGGAGGGCUGGGAGGGGCUGGUUGAGGAUCCAGAAGAAUCGGAGUCUCGAAGAGGGGUAAGCAGUGGGGUGCCAAGGUGUGGCCAGGAGGAUCUGGGACUGUUAGACCGGGAGGUCGAGAGGCUGCUGCAAGACAGGGGAGAUUCGGUGGCCAGCCAGAGCCUGUUUUCGAUCUACGUGAACGCCCCACUGGGCUACCGCUACCCCACUGGAAGCCUGUUCAGAGGGCGGCGCAUACGCAACCCUGCGGACACGUCAUACAGCUUUGCGCAGUUCGCCCUUGUAGAGGCACAGUUGCGCAUGAUGGCGGAGGCCCUUGAGGACCCCCUGAAUGAGAAAUUUGUCAUGCUGUCCGAGUCCGCCAUCCCUCUGUACAGGCCGGAGAUCGUGUACCUGCAGCUGGUGCAUGAAAGCAAGAGCCGCGUCAAUGCGUGCAAGUUGGGAAAGAGGAUGGCGGGCAGGUGGAGCCCUGAGAUGGAGACAGCCCACCUCAAUGUGUCCCACUGGAGGAAGACCCAGUUCUGGACCGUUCUGAAUCGAGGCCACGCCGAGCUGGUGAUGGCUGACGGGCACGUGAAGGAGAUUUUCAGGAGGUACUGCUACAGCAAACGGGCAUCCGCCCCACGCAAGGGGUUCGUCAAGUUCUGUGUGUCUGAUGAGCACUACAUCCCGACGUUGCUGGCAUCCUAUGGGCUGGAGGACCAGACGGACUGUAGAGGAUCUUCCACGCGAGUGCAAUGGUCGGGAGACACCUACCAUCCGAAGACAUUCCAUCCAAAGGAAGUGACACCCGAUUUAAUAAGGAGCAUCCAGUGCGGCUGGCAGCUUCAAUGCGAGUGGGGCCCGGCGCUUCAGUCAUCGGCGGCACUGUUUGAGGGCGUCCACUCGGCGGGCUGUCUGAGCGGGGGGUCGCCGAUGUGCGACUCUGCGGAAGCCUGGGACGAGGCGUCUGAUGGCGGGGAGCCCUCGUGGGUCGCCGAUCAUGGCUAUGUGGCACUGAACUACUCCUGCCAUCUCUUUGCGAGGAAAUUCCCGCCAUCGGCCGUCAAUGAGACCUUGAGGGCGGCGCUGUCGUGUGACGGAGGCGGUCUGGGGUUUUGGUGCUAG